AUGGCAACCUAUUCGACUUUACCACCAAGCAGCUAUUCAACGCUUGGCUCACAAGGAAAUUUAUAUCAAUCGGCAAGUUACGGGCCAUAUAAUAGCGAUGUUACAUCUCGUCCCUAUCAGCAGCCCCCCUCGAUUGGAGGUACUUCUAGUCAACAGCAACCAUACAGUUCAAUGAAUCAAGACGACCAGUACCCUUCCGAUUACUCACAAUUCCCACAAACCACAACAUCUAUGAACUAUGGAACACCAAAUAAAUACCCGCCAGCAUAUCCACCGUCACAGCAACAAAAUCCUUACACUAAUAAUGAUAUCGCGCCAAAAUAUAUCAAUAAUGGUCAAAACGGCGGAUCGACCACUAGCACACAAAAGAAAACAUUGGACAAUCAGCAUGAUAAACGAGAUGAUAGUCUAAAUGAACCUCCAAUAACUCGUAAUCAACAAAUAAACCUUGUGCGUUCAGAACAUCAAAUUCCGAAUCGAGAUCGCUCGAAAUCACAACCUCGCCAUUCGCCGAACAAUGGAGCGCCUAAUACUUCCGAGAAUUCUCACAGUAAUUUUGAAAUGAAACCGAAUAAGUCCAGUAUGAUGAGAGCGGCAGCUAAUAAUGUAAAAUUGGCUAAUAAACAAAAACAUGAAAAGAUUGCAACAAGGAAAAUUGAAGUAAAGGUACCACAAAGAUCUACUCGAAAAGGAAAUAAUACAGAAAAUGAUAUGACAGAUAGUGAGAAAGUUUCAACUUCUAAGAGCAAUACAGAAAGGGAGACAACAAAGGAUAGUAAAAAGCGAAAUGAUACGCAAUCAAGAAAGAGUCGAAAAGACGAUUCUUAUCCGACAGAUCACGUUGAGAGUUCCAUGGAUGAACAGGAUUUCGAUAAUCCAAAUCAAAAACGAAAAAACGUCACGAACGGGAAAGGGAAGCGAACAACGUUCAAUAAUGAACCACAUUAUUCCGAUUCUUAUCUGUUGAAAAACGGUUCGUUACCACCACUUCGUCGUAAAUAUCCACAUGACUACCCUCCCUAUGAUCGUCCUCCGUAUCGUCCUCCUUAUGAUGAUUACAGUUACUACAGACAUCCGUACGAUCGAUCAUUUCCACCGGCUUAUGGAUCGUUUGAUUAUCGAGGACAUCAUCCUUAUUAUCCCGAUUAUCCUCCUUAUUUACCGUAUGAACGUGAUGCAUACGAUCCGUUUUUCGAUUAUGAAAAACGAUCGAAGCCAAAACGCUCAAAAUCUAAACAUCAAGAGGAGGAGGAUGAACGCCACCAACACGCUCAUUCAAAUAAUAAUCAUAGUACCCAUGAGAAGCAUGAACAAGAUCAUGACGAUACAACGGCAAAAAGUCGCGAUAAAAGUCGUGAUAAAAGUCGAAAAGGUGAAAAAGAUGAUACAAUAAGUCGAAAAAGCAAUAGAAUAAUAUCGCGUGAAGAAGAUGAAUAUCGUCGCCAAUGGGAAGGACAUUAUGAUCCAUACUAUGGUGAGCAUGAUAUGCUUGAAUUGUGGAGAAAAGAACGAAAUGAUUACUUAAAGAAAAAAUUUAAACCUACUAUACACGAUGUUUUAUAUUCUCAGCAAUGGAUGAAAUCAGAUAGUUAUUUGGAAAAUCAGCGACGACGAGCAGUACGAGAUGCACAAGGAUACUAUUUUCCCUAUCGAACUUACACAUUAAAAGAUUACAAAGAUUUACAGAAAGCUGAUCAUCAAAAUCCAUUUGCAUCGCUAAAUGAAACAGCGAUCGAUCGUAAACAACGUGCAAAGAAAAGGAUAGAUUAUGGAACACAAAUUGAGAGAUCCGUAGUUGAAAAUCCUGUAAGACAUCGGAAUAAUAAUAAAGAAGAUGAUACCCCAAGAAAACCAUGGCAUUUGUCGAAUGGAGAUAUCAAUGAAUCAGAACAAUCAAAACGAGAACGAGCUCUUGAAUAUGCUAAAAAUCGUGUAGUCAAAUCAAGAAAAAGCCAAAAACAUGAAAAUGAUAAUGGAUUUUUUGCGGACGGAAAUGACGAUGUUUCCCGUAGGGAAGAAAUGGAAUGGGAUGUGUUGAUAUCACUAUUAAUAUUUCAAAUAUGUAACUGUUCAUCAACAAAAUAUGUUAAAAAUUCUCGAGCAUGCAAAGCUGAAUUACGAUGUGGUGAAAAUUCCGAGAGUAUGUCAGUCAGUGUUGUGGGUUUUCGUGGAGUGCCUGGUGAUCCAGGGCAAGCAGGAGAAAGAGGCCCACCCGGUAUUCGUGGAUUACCUGGUCCAAGAGGUCGUGAUGGUUAUAUGGAAAAACCAGCCUCGUUUUUCGCAACAUUACCUCAAUUAUUUUUUACCAAAGAUGUUGAUGGUAUAAUGAAACCAUGGGAUAUUCCUGAGUUUCAAAAUGCACCAGACGUGUCAAAUUACUUUUCACAAUCAACUGGAAUAUUCACCGUGCCAACUGACGGUGUCUAUCAGUUUUUUUUGACUAUUAGCGUAUCGAGGUCGAAGGCUUCUGUUUGGAUUGCUUCGAAUGGUGAAAAAAUUCGUACAAUAUGGGUCGAAGGCGUUGCAUUGCAUGGUAACACGACCAUAGGUGUCGGAUGGGCAUCAGCAUCAAUCGAUUGUAUUAUUCGUUGUAAAGCUGGAGAUCGAAUAUAUACUGUAGCUGCAUAUCGUUCACAAGAAAAUUUUAAUUCAUACGUUUACGGUUAUUCGUACACAACAUUUUCUGGUGUUAUGUUAUUUCCAAGUUAG